CUUCCUCUGUCCUUGGCUGCUUGUACUAACCAGCUAGAAAUGGUCAAGUAUCUCUUGGAUAACCCGUACCAGAAGGCCAGACUGACCGAACAGGAUUCCAUGGGCAACACCGUCCUCCAUGCGUUGGUGAUGGUGGCCAAUGACAUGGACAAGAACACUGAGGUCGUGGUUAAGAUGUACGACGAGAUCCUGAAGAAAGCAAUUGAGAUCAACCCUUCCUGCAAGUUGGAAGAGAUUGUCAACCGGGAACAGCUGACCCCUUUGACUCUGGCUGUCAAGACUGGGAAAGUCGAGAUCCUCAAGCACAUUCUCCACCGAGAGAUUCCUGAGUUCCAGGACCUUUCGCGCAAGUUGACCGAGUGGACUUAUGGUCCCAUCCACACCUCCCUCUACGAUCUGACCUCCAUUGACACCUGUGAGAAGAACUCAGCGCUGGAGAUCCUGGCCUACAACAGCGACACUCCAAACCGGUACAAAAUGGUGGUCCUGGAGCCUUUGAACAACCUACUUCAGCACAAAUGGGAAUUUUUCAUUAAAAAAAGGUUUUUCUUCAGUUUAUGCUUCCACCUGAUUUUCAUGCUGGCCUUCACAACCACUGCUUACUUCCAGCCUCCAAAGGGUGAGCCUUUUGUUCCAACAACAAUGACAUUCCAGGACGUUGUUGGGCCAGUGAUCGUUUUAAUUGGUGGUAUUUAUUUCUUCAUUACUCAGAGUGUUCACUUCUGGAGAAGACGCUUCUCUUUGAAAAGUCUUCUAGUAGAUAGAUGCUUCGAGAUAUUCCUGUUUGUGCAAGCGUGUACGAUGCUGGCCUCAUCCAUCAUGUACUUUGCAAAGAUGGAGGACUAUGUGCUGCCCAUGGUGUUCGCCUUGCUUUUGGGCUGGGUGAACAUGCUCUACUACACCCGAGGUCUCCAGCAGACGGGGAUCUACAUCGUGAUGAUCCAGAAGGUCGUAUAUUCGGAGCUGCUUCAAACGGCCCUGGAGCUCUUCAGGUUCACCAUCGGCAUGGGCGACCUGGAGUACAACGAGAAGUUGAAGCACAGCGACGUGGCGAUGCUGUUGGUCCUUCUCUUCGUCAUCCUGACCUACAUCCUCUUGCUCAACAUGCUGAUUGCCCUGAUGAGUGAAACCGUUACCAAAGUCUCCGGGUACAGCCAGAGCGUCUGGCAGUUGCAGAGAGCCAUUGCUAUUCUGGAGUUAGAGAGAAGCUGGAUCUGGUGCUGGAAAAAGACCGAGAAAGCCGACUGUUUCCGCUCUGUCGUCUCCCAGCACAAUAGAGACGAGAGGUGUUUUUUAAG